AUGAGUUCAUCUGAGUUUGAAACCCUACAGGAACAAUUUGAAGAGCAACGAGCAAAUGCUGAACUUCUUAUUUCAUAUUAUAACACUCGAAUAGAAGUAUUAAAAACAAAUAUUGAAAUGACAAGAAAUCGUCUUCAAUUAGAAAUUGAGACUCAUCAUUUAAAGAAAGAAGAUUGUGUCAAAAAACUCGAUAGUUUACAAAAAGAAAUGAGAGAUUUAAAAAACAUUUAUCAGAAGCAAAAAGAUAGUCAAGACUCAUUAGAAGAAGGAGGUUCAAUACAUAAAUCACAAAAAACAUUAAACACAUUAAGAAAAGAAAUACAAAUGCUUGAUAUAGAAAAUGAAGUAUUAGAAAAAAAAGCAAAAUUAACUAAAAGUAGAAUUGAUUCAACAAAGAAAGAAACAGAUGAACUAAAGAAACAACUAAAUAAACUAAAUCAAGAAAAAGAACAAGUUGAAAAUGAAUGUAGAAAAAUUCAAGAACAAAGAAAAAGAGAACGAGGAGAUGGUGUAUCAGUCACUUCAACUGAAACAAAAAAUUAA